GGGCUGCCGCGGGGCCCAGAGCGCCAGAGGCUGGGGCUGGAGCGGCACCGCGCGGCGGCCGCGGGGUCCCGUUAAAGCAGCCCCGGCGGCUAUGCCGAGGGCCCGGAGCGGCCGGCGGAGCAGGGGGGCCGGCGGGAGGGAGGAAACCUUCCUGCGAGUGCGAGCCAACCGGCAAACCCGACUGAAUGCUCGGAUUGGGAAAAUGAAACGGAGGAAGCAAGAUGAAGGGCAGGUAUGUCCCCUGUGCAACCGCCCCCUGGCAGGAUCGGAGCAGGAGAUGAGUAGGCAUGUGGAGCAUUGCCUUUCUAAGAGGGAAGGCUCCUGCGUGGCUGAGGAUGAUGCUGUGGACAUCGAGCAUGAGAACAGCAACCGCUUUGAGGAGUAUGAAUGGUGUGGGCAGAAGCGGAUACGGGCCACCACACUCCUGGAAGGUGGCUUCCGAGGCUCUGGCUUCGUCAUGUGCAGUGGCAGAGAGAACCCCGACAGUGAUGCAGACCUGGAUGUGGAUGGAGAUGACACUCUGGAGUAUGGGAAACCGCAAUACACAGAGGCCGAUGUCAUCCCUUGCACAGGAGAAGAGCCUGGUGAAGCCAAGGAGAGAGAGGCACUCCGGGGCGCAGUCCUAAAUGGUGGCCCCCCCAGUACCCGCAUCACACCCGAGUUCUCUAAAUGGGCCAGCGAUGAGAUGCCGUCCACCAGCAAUGGUGAAAGCAGCAAGCAGGAGGCCAUGCAGAAGACCUGCAAGAACAGUGACAUUGAGAAAAUCACUGAAGACUCAGCUGUAACUACAUUUGAGGCCCUGAAGGCUCGUGUCAGGGAGCUGGAACGGCAGCUAUCUCGGGGGGACCGAUACAAAUGCCUCAUCUGCAUGGACUCCUACUCGAUGCCCCUAACGUCCAUCCAGUGUUGGCAUGUGCACUGUGAAGAGUGCUGGCUGCGGACCCUGGGUGCCAAGAAGCUCUGCCCUCAGUGCAACACCAUCACAGCGCCUGGAGACCUGCGGAGGAUCUACUUGUGAGCUAGCCAUCCUGGCAGGCCUUGCCUCGAGCAGCCCCACCUGCCCCAGCCUCUGUGACAGUGAACCCCUUUCCCUUUGUACAUAAUUGCACACAGGUUCCCCGUGUACAUACAUGCACAUACACACCCAAACACACCUAUAGGACUCUGGAGCCAGAGUGGAGCAGCCCUGCCUGCUUGCUCCUUCUGAACUUGAGGACCAUGCCUCUCUUGGCGAUUUCCAGUGUGGGGCAGGAAGGUAGGGAUGGGGAGUAGCGGGGCAAGGCUCCUGAGAUCCGUCCCCUGGACUGACUGACGGACAUGCAAACACCAGACUGAAGCACAUGUAAUAUAGACUGUAUGUUUACAAUGUUGUGUAUAAACGGGACAUUUUUGCCCUCCACCGCCUCCCCUUUGGUUGUAUGAUUUUUUUUAAUGACUCUUGGAAGCAGUGCCCCCUUCAGGGCUGGCUGGGGGCUCGGCCCAUCCACCUCUUAAGGUGCCUGUCUGCCUUUCCCUCUCCCAUGGCAUCCCUUCCCCUUCCCUUUCCAUGUGCUCGGUGUUCAGUGGUGUAUAUUUCUUCUCCCAGACAUGGGCCAUGUGCCCCAAGGGAUAUGAUCCUCUCCUUAGUCUUAGCUCAUGGGGCUCAUUUUGAGGAGCUGGGGGUAGGGUGGACAGUGGGACCGAGCAGAAACAGAGGCUGCAGUCAGGCUGGCUGAGGGUGCCUGGCUGCCCAGCCUGCUGUUGAGAGCAACUCCUGGGAGUAGAAUGGUGCUCCCAGGGAAGUGCUGUCUCCCUUGCCCUCCCGUGGGCCCUGUGGUGUGAUGCUGUGUCUGUAUAUUCUAUACAAAGGUACUUGUCCUUUCCCUUUGUAAACUACAUUUGACAUGGAUUAAACCAGUAUAAACCA